CUCCACCCUUGGUUGAUUCUCCUCCUCUUUCUCCUCCCCCUUCGUCUCUCCCCUUCUCCACCUUUCCCCUCCCCUCUAUCAUUAGCUGGUAUAUAAGAGCAUUGCAUCCCUCUGUGCCUCUCUGACACACAUACUGUGUGUUUGCCGGGAAGGGGAUAGUCAAAGGGAAACUACAGAUUACACUGUCUACCUGCCUGUGAAGGAACUAUUUUCCUGUCUGGAACCAUUUAAGAGAUCUUGCGACAUCACCUAAAAGGGAGCCGGAACUAAAUCCUCAACCAGUCAUCAACACCCUCUGACAUCACUACACAUUUCACGCCGUCACCUCCAUCACUUGUCGGCGCAUUUGACAUCACCCGAGGAGACCAUGAGCAGCAACUACAGCGUCAUGCUCCUUGGCCCGGCCCCUUGGGGCUUCAGGCUGCAGGGAGGCAAGGACUUCAACAUGCCCCUCACCAUCUCCAGGCUGACAGAUGGUGGAAAGGCGGCCAAAGGGGGCAUGGGUAUCGGGGACGUGGUUCUGUCUAUUGACGGCAUCGCCACAGAGGGCAUGAACCACCUGGAGGCCCAGAACAAGAUCAAGAGCUGCACUGGAAACCUCAGCCUCAACCUAAAGAAGGCCUCCAGCGCUCCUAAACCUCCUCCCGUGGCACCGAAGGACGACCGAUCAGACAUCAUAAAACCAGUGGCGCUCACCCAUCCCCCUUCGCCGGCCUACCCCCACCCUCACGCCUCUUGCCCUUCCAACGCCGGCCACAACAAAGCCCCCAGACCGUACGGGGGCCGCGCGUCAGACAGCGAACACCCUCCCUUCAUCCCGUCCCCGUCCUCUGCCUUCACCCCCGCUUCUUGCAACAGCAGUCCUCUUCCUCCUCCCCCGCCUCCUGUCUGUUACCCAUCAUCUUCCUCCUCCUCCUCCUCCUCCUCCUCCUCCCCCCCUGUCCUCGUUGCGCCCCAGCCGUCAGUGUAUAACACGCCCAUCAGCCUGUACUCCACUGAGAACGCAUGUGAGGUGGCCAUGGGGCAGAUGAGGGGCCUGCUGGAGAGUCAGGGCGGAGCCGUGCCUCUGCAGUUUAAUGGAGUUCCCAGGAAACACAUUGUGGACACAGACAUCAAUUUUUACCAUGUGCCCACUCAUGCUGAUGCCAGCAGGAAGCGCAUAACGGAGGACACAGAGGACUGGCGUCCACGCGGCGGGACAACCCAGUCCAGAUCUUUCCGGAUUCUGGCUCAGAUCACCGGUACCGAGCGCGCUCAAGAUGAGGAAGCUGAUGCAGCCAAGAAGACAAAUAAGGAACCAGAGGAACCAGAACUCAACAGCCACCAGUCUGCAGUUGUCAAGACCAUGAUCAAAGGACCAGUUGCAAUCCAGGGUCACGGUCCGCGGACUGGUUUGAUUACCCCAUCUUUUGGUAUGAAGGGUAAUGGAAGUGCCGUUGUCCCGAGAUGUCCCGCCCCAUCCAGACCAGUACCUCAGCCCCACCCAAAAGACGAGGACACCCUGGUCCAGAUGGCUGAACACAUCCCUGCUGGGACUCGGACCCCUAUGUGUGGCCACUGCAACAUGGUGAUCAGAGGACCCUUUUUAGUAGCAAUGGGGAAAUCGUGGCACAAGGAGGAAUUUAACUGUGCCCACUGCCGUGUAUCCCUGGCAGAUACAGGCUUUGUGGAAGAACAAGGAUCUGUCUACUGUGAACACUGCUAUGAAGAUUUCUUGGCCCCGACAUGCAGCCGCUGCCAGUCCAAAGUACUGGGGGAGGUGAUAAAUGCCCUCAAACAGACGUGGCACGUCUACUGCUUUCUGUGCGCUUGCUGUCAGCAGCCAAUCAGAAACAACACCUUCCACCUGGAGGACGGAGAACCAUAUUGUGAACAAGACUUCUACAGUCUGUUUGGGACCAGCUGCCGUGGCUGUGAGUUCCCCAUCGAGGCUGGAGACAAGUUCCUGGAGGCCCUCGGUUACACCUGGCACGACACCUGCUUCGUCUGCACCUUGUGCUGCACCACGCUCGAGGGACAGACCUUCUUCUCCAAGAAAGAUAAACCUCUUUGCAAGAAACAUGCUCACUCACUGAAGAUAUGAUCUCGGACUUUCAUCACAACUUUCUUGCCUUACUUAGUCCCUCAGCGGGGUGGGAAGACCUCUCUAUUGUUCUUGCAACAGUAAAACUCAAGCAAUAAUCCUACAAGCAUAUAGGUCAGAAUAGUGAAGCAUUUUCCUUUAUGCAAAAGUAAACCUUUUUUUGUCUCUGGAGCGAGACCCAUGUAAAGCCAGUACUCCCGUAAGGUGAUUUCUACUAUUAACAGCAACUAGAAAAUCUGGGUUUUGACCAAAUUUCACCACAAAUAUGGAUUUGAAUCUGUAUGUUUUUGAUUCAUGCAUUCAAUAAUAGAAUAGUUUUACUGCCAAAUGGAGAUGCUCAAUAAACGCAGACAUUUUGUGAUUAAAAUAUUUUACUUCAUCCCAAUCUUGAUUUCUUAAUCCAGUUCCCUCUGUAGUUUCUCAGAGAAACAGAAGUGAGAUCAUCACAUUUAUAAUUCAGCCUACAUACAUGCUCCAAGUAGCCUGCUAAAUAACAACGCCUGAAAGUCGACAAAUAUGUGAGGAAUUAUACAAAACUUUGAGAAAAGAGGAUGUUGGGCAAUUAUUUGCUGACAGAUUACAUUACAUGCUAUUUAGCUGACGCUUUUAUCCAAAGUGACUUACAUUGCAUUUUUAACCCAUGGCUCUUUACAUUCUUGACCAGGGAGCAAUCAGGGGUCAGGUGCCUUGCUCAGGGACACAUGGGACAUGGAGCAGCCGGGGCUCAAACACUAACCUUGCGGUUCCCAGUGCUCCCUCUCUACCCCUGUUCCACCGCCAACCCAGAUGUUUAUUUGUGGUACUUUUUAUCUUUGUGUACAUUUAAUUAUUAUUAAUCUGAUCGACAGCUAUUAAAACAAGAAAAUAUCAGCCUUUCAAUUUCCUGAGUCAAAUGUUUGUUUUAAAUAAAGGUGAGCUGGAUGUACAAGUUGAUGGUAAAACCUUUUACUUGUGAUCAGUGCUUGGAAUUAUUAUGAUUUUCUGUAUUUUUUAAAUUAAUUUUGUUUUCUUUUUAUUGUUGUGUUAAACUUCAAAUAUUGAUAAUUUGUCAUGAGUUUCAAAAUAAUAAGUCACAUUUAAUCAUAUACAACAUUGAAGAACUUUGUCUCUUUAUUCCAUCGAGGACUGAACUUUCCCAAAUUUGCAUUAUCAUACAUAACAAAUGGAUCAAUAUUUAACAAAAUAUAAAACCUGUGUUAUGUUUCUAUUUCCUUACUAUUAUUGACUGACAUAUCUUGAAAUUUCAUAGUAAUUGCAGAAUGUGUUAAAUACAUACAAAUAAUAGAGUGCCAUAGUUAAAUGAAUCAUAUGCAUAUUUUAUUUAUUUGUCUUACUUUAUUAAAAAUUGCUUCAAUGGUCGAUUCGUUCCUCCGUCUGCUUCAUAAAAGUGAGUAGCUCUUUCUGUUGUGGUCUUCAGGUAAUAUGUAAUCAGUGUAUUUUUUUAUGUAAUAGAAAUGGAAACAUCUUGACUGACAAUAUAUGUCUACCUGUUUGAGUAACCAGGCUUUUCCUUUUCAGGGAAUGCGUUGUGCAGUAAAUAUCCAUUUUGAGUAUCAACGUGUUGACUAGAGAUACUUACUUUUUAUUAUGGUUGAGGGGAACACAUCUUUGUCUUUUGUGUUUAGUUUUCAAACAACACAGAAAAUGGCAACAUAACUCACUGGGUUAUUACGGUAUAAGAAAAAAGGAGGCAAGUACAGUGUGUACUAAUAAUCAAACAUGCAGGGGGGGCUUAAUGUCACCUAAAAAGCUGUUAAAUUUGAUCUGAUUUGUUUAAUAAAUACUACUUGUCUGAACCCCCAAAAUAAA